CAAGAAAGCCGAUGAUUGCCAAACACACGCCAACUAUCUGAGUCUGCAUGUUGCAAAAAAAUCAAAUCCAAGCCAAUCACUGUGGCUGUAGCGCCGCGUGCUGGCCAGAGAGGACCUAUCAGAGCGAAGUAAAACGCACGAGCCCACCGAGGGGGGCGUGGCUAACAGGAGCGAGGAAAAAGGGAAACUAAAAGCCUGGUUUUAAUUGUGAGGAUCGUUUGGAGUUUGCACACCCAAAGCUGGUCAAGGACGAUGGCAACCCAUGCUUCAAGGAUAAAGACACUGAUUCACACAUCUGGAUCAUGAGCUCUGCCUGGGCACCACAGGGCCUCUUUGUAGUGGAGAAACACCUCUGACCUCAAAGGCAGCGUGAUGGAUGUUUUAUAUCUGAGCAAUGAAGCCAAAGCCCACCCAGAGGAGGGGGGCUGCUCUGAGGCAUCUGUGGGUCAUAUAAAACUUGCCUGCAGAGGUAGAGUUUUCAGUUGGCAGCCAGUAAAGAACUGAGACGGAGCAAGAAGGAGAAGGACCACCACCAAACAGCAAUGGCAUCUUUAGGGCUGCAGAUUCUGGGCGUCGGGCUGGCGGUGCUUGGAUGGAUUGGAAACAUACUGAUCUGUAUGCUGCCUCUGUGGAAAGUGUCUGCUUUCAUUGGGAACAACAUCGUGGUGGCUCAGACUAUCUGGGAGGGACUGUGGAUGACCUGUGUAGUGCAGAGCACCGGACAGAUGCAGUGCAAGGUCUACGACUCCCUGCUGGCCCUGCCUCCGGACCUCCAGGCGGCUCGAGCUAUGGUGGUCAUCGCCAUCCUCUUCUCUCUGUUUGGCCUGCUGCUCUCUGUGGUCGGAGGGAAAUGCACCACCUGUGUCGGGGACAAAGCAGCAAAAGCCAGAGUGGCAAUCUCCGCAGGUGUUUUCUUUGUCCUGAGUGGAGCUCUGUGUCUGGUCACUGUGUCUCUGCCUGCUAAUACUAUCAUAAAGGACUUCUACAACCCCUUGGUCCCUGACGCCCAGAGGAGGGAGCUGGGUGCAUGUUUGUACAUGGGCUGGGGAGCAUCAGGACUGCUGCUGAUAGGUGGUACUCUUCUCUGCUGUCAGUGCCCAUCAGGAGGAGACCGCUAUAAUGGAGCAAAGUACUCGGCGCCUAAAUCCACAACUCCCGGGAAGGAAUUCGUCUGAGUUGCUGCAUUAAAUGGGAACCCUUUAAAAGGCAACUGACUUUACAUACAGCACAAACCUGUUGGUUAUCAAGUUGUGAUUUGCAUUGUGAUUAACAUUUCUUUUACUAACACACUGCGACCUUUUGUUUCCGAAACAUGCAAUAGACUCUACAAGGUAUGUUGCCUGUUACCAAAAUGCAACAUGGAGUUAAGAUCGAGGCUUAUUCAUUUCUUUUUUGUGUUAUAAUUUCAAUAUUAAUUCAGUCUAAGACUCUUCUGAUGUUUUUUGCAGCAUAAGCACUUCAGAAAGACUCGUAUGUAUUCAUAAUGUGUCAUGUUUGUCAUUCAGACAAUAAACAGAUUUUUUGUCAGCAAUGUUUUUUUGAGAUGUCUAAUUUGGUGAAACAUAAAGUACAUUAAUCAUGGUAUUAUUUUUAAGUACAUAUUUUGAGAUACUUACCUUGAGAGGUAUUAUUGCACUUUGAAGAUAUUACUUAUUUGACUGCUAUACUUAAAUGAUUAAGAUUUUACACACAAAAAUGUGAUCAGUUCAUAAAAAAUGAUGCAUUGAUGAAACUAUGAAACAGUGGGACAGAGGGUGUCAUAUGCUGUAGAGAUUGU